CCAUUUUGGUUUAAAGCAUUGGGCAUUGUAUACAUCGUGGCAAGGGAAAAGUAGAAUUCGUAAUUGGAGUACAUAAUUUCUAAUAUCUCAUCUAAUUGCAAAAUAAAUAUACUGAAAUGGUCGAUGUUAUCGGAGCUCCUUAUACUGAUAUCCAGCAAAACAAAAUGUACGAAAAUGACAAUUACUCUUGUAAGUUGUUCUUAGGAGGAUUGUCGCCUAAUACAACUGAAGAAAGUAUAACAAAUUUUUAUGCUCAAUAUGGUGAGGUGGCAAGUGCUGUCGUAAAACGUGAUCCCACAACUCAGCGCUCUAAGGGAUUCGGUUUUAUCACAUACAAGGAUUCCUCUAGUAUUGAACGUGCCCAAAGCCUUAAACCACAUAUUAUUGACGGACGCAAUGUUGAUUCCAAACCCGCCUUGCCCCGAUCUGAGACAAACAGAAUUGGUUCUAAUGACAAUGUUCGAAAAAUAUUCGUAGGUGGUCUUAAAGACAAUCACGAUGAACAAAAUUUACAGGAUCAUUUCCAACAAUUUGGUAAUGUUUUGACCGUAAAAGUCUUGUUGGAUAGAACAACUGGUCGCAAACGUGGCUUCGGAUUCGUAGAAUUUGAUACUUGUGAAGCUGCCGAUAGAGCCGUUUUUCAUAAAAAUCACACAAUUGAUCAGCUUCCCGUUGAAGUUAAAAAGUCUAACUACCGACAAGAACAAGCCAAUCGGGGAUCUUACCAACAUGGCGGCUCUUCAGGAUCUUACUCCCAAGUUGCAUAUACACAGAACCCUUCAUAUAACUAUCCGCAAGCUUCUUAUAAUGGUUGGACAGGACACACAACACAUUAUGCUCAACAACCACAGACAAUGUAUGAAGGCUAUGCUGCUGCGCCAGUCCAAAGUAACCCACCAACUGCAUAUAAUGGAUGGGAAGAACAAAAUAAUUAUAAUGCUGCCCCACCUCCGGGUGCAGCAAAUGGUUGGAAUGCAGGUCAGUCCGAAGGACAAUUCGGCAGUUACCAACAUUCCCAUGGCGGAGGCCCUCAGAAGGGACACAACUUACAAAAUAACCGUAGAAAUCCAUAUAAUGUAUAACUGAACUUAUAUUACAAAACAACAUAUACAAUUUCUUACAUCUAACUACUACAAUGUAUAUAUUUUAUUGAAAAUGUAUUACAAAUGGAUUUUUUGCAUCGAAGAUAAAUUGGAUCGGUUAAAUAUCUACUUAGAUGCACAAGAUAUUUCGAAAAUCAACAUUAUUUUAACAUAAAAUACAA